AUGGGAGACAUCAACGGCUUCGGAGACCCGCAACCUCGGAAGAAAUGGAUCUUGAACGCUUUUUCUAUGAGCAGCUCCGGCCACGUAGCUUCUGGACUAUGGAGACAUCCACGCAAUCGCACCCAUGAAUACAAGAACAUUCAGUACUGGAUCGACCUCGCCAAAAUCCUCGAUGGGAACUUCCACGGCCUCUUUCUCGCAGAUAUGCUAGGCGUUUAUGAUGUCUACAAAGUACCUGGGAAUUUGAAGCCCGCGCUUCCCGGCGCUGCUCGGUUCCCGAUAUCAGAUCCCUCCCUUCCGAUUGCCGCAAUGGCAGCGGUGACGAAGUCACUCUCCUCCGGAAUAACCGCGUCUACGACAUAUGAGAACCCGUUCCUCCUCGCCCGGCGGUACUCGACGCUCGACUAUCUGACAAAUGGCCGCGUUGCUUGGAAUGUAGUAACUAGUUACCUUGAAAGUGCUGCGAAGAAUCUAGGCCUAGAAACGCAAAUUAGUCAUGAUGAACGCUAUGCUAUCGCUGAAGAAUACAUGGAAGUUGUGUACAAGCUCUUGGAGAGUUCUUGGCGAACUGAUGCAGUAGUCCUUGACAAGGAGAAAAGGGAGUACACCGAUCCUGACCGCGUCCGAAGAAUAAAUCACAAAGGCAAGUACUUCAGCGUUGCCGGCCCCCGCCUCAUCGAGCCCUCCCGCCAACGCACCCCCUUCAUCUUCCAAGCAGGCGCUAGCAAAGCUGGUAAAUCUUUCGCCAUCAAACAUGCUAAAGCCAUGUUCCUCCCCGGCAUGGAAGUCGCGGCCGUCAAGAAGCAAGUCCAAGAAAUCCGCGCCGAGGCGAUCCAGCUCGGCCGCGACGCCAACUCUAUCAAAUUCAUCCCCGGCAUCCUCGUUAUCGUGGAUGAAACUGAUGACCUUGCGCAGAAGAAGUAUGAAGAGUAUUUGAGCUACGCCAACCUAAAGGGUUCCCUUGCGCUUUUUGGUGGCUGGACCGGUACGGAUCUCGGCAAACAUGGCGAUGAUGAGGACUUUAAGUUCAGCGACAAUGGCGUCGCUACUGAACUUGCGCUCGGAGAGCCUCAAGCAAAAGUGAUUAAGAGCUCGAAGACUGUAGCGGAUAUCCUGGAGCGCUGGAUUAAGGAGGCGGGUGUAGAUGGGUUUAAUCUCUCGUAUGCGGUCAAUCUGGGAGACUUUGAGGCCAUUGUGAAGUGGUUGAUUCCGGAGUUGAAGACAAGGGGUGUCUUUUGGGAUCCGGUGAGGGCGGAGGGGAUGUCGAUGAGAGAGAAUUACUUGGACGAUGGGUUGGGACCGAGGUUGAGAGCAGAUCAUCCAGGGUCGAAGUUUAAGUGGGAUAAUUGA